CUCAAUUACAUUCGUUGCCUUGCUGCUACUUGGUUUAUAGCAACCUCAGGCUGCGUGAAAGUCUCAGUAGCAUGGAGAUUCGUAAUUUUGCAUCAAAGAUAUUCGAUGCUCACAUGAUACGCACGUGAGCUGAAGCUUCUGGUGCAGAUUGCUUGGCGAGAUAAAGUUGAUCCCAACCUCAGCUUCAAAGCAUAAGCCACGGCAUCAUCCAUCACAGCAAGACACCCGCUCUCUUGUCUCUUAUUCCCACGACCUAGACUCCCCUGUUCUGAGACAAAGAAGACCCCUUUUCCCUUGGUUGCUCCUGGACCUGCCACGGAUGAAAGACAUCUCUUCUCGGGAACUUCUACCUUCUGGCCGAGGAGGUGAAGGUACUUUACUAUGUCGGAAGCACUCUGCCUCUCUUUCCUACAUCUCCUCACAAUCAUGCAUCUUUCAUUCCAUCCGAGGCUUGAAGCCUUCCAAGACUACUGAUCGGUCAGGAUAAUUCUCAAAGCGGGGAAGUACGGUCCUCUCAAGUGUCCAAACACAGGCCUCCACCACAAUUCUAACCUCAUUCGCAAGAUCUCCAAACUGUGGCGUCCACAGCUUUGUAUCUUUUGCUAAAGCAUUGCCUCCACAACCCCAAUCUUCAUCAUCCUCGGUACACUAUCAGGUGGUGAUCAGUCUUGGCGAAGAAAAGAAGGCGUCCGUAGCGGCUGAUCAUGCUGUCUUGGCCGAUCAUCAUCUCCCCCGUCUGGCAGGAGCCAAGAUCGUGCGAUUCCUCCACAAAGAAUCAUUUUAACCUUAAAACCCUUUUAGGGGUCUUUGGCACGGCUCGAGGAAGCCAAGCCUGUCACUGGUUGGGGGAAAUGGGAUCAUCGCUCCCCGCUUCGUUAGGUGUUGGCAGUUGCCGCCACGAUGCCGGUAUCUGAAUAGCUUCAUUUAGCUCGGCUACUAGUACAUGACGGCUGGGAGAGAGGCACCAGGAGGCAAUGACAUGAUCUUUUGACCCGCCUGAUCUGCGAAUAUAAAAUGGCGAUGAUUUCCUUCAUGUCUUGUUCGAAUAUGAUUUCCAUCUAUUACUUCCUAUGAACCAUCGAAAUGCGUCUUAAUACCCUUCUCAAUUUCUUUGGUGCCGCAGCGCUGGUAGCCAGUGCCCCACUAGCACCAAUUGUCCAAGUUCCCAAUGUUGCAGAUAUCAUUCCCGACAAAUGGAUUGUUGUCAUGAAAGACAUUUCAGACUCUGCUUUCGCGACACAUUUAGCAAACCGCGACGCAGCUGUCGUUUCCGGAACAAAGUCAACGUUCAAUCUGGGCAGCUUCAAAGGAUACAGUGGAAUUUUCAGCCAAACUCUAGUCGAUCUCCUCACUUCAAGUCUUGAUAUCGCCUGGAUCGAACCCGACACCAAAGUCCGCACCCAAGCCCUCACAACCCAAGCCAACGCCCCUUGGGGUCUCGGCCGUAUCUCCCACCGCGCAAAAGGCUCAACAAACUACAUCUACGACACCUCCGCCGGCGCCGGAACCUACGCCUACGUAAUCGACACCGGCAUCUACACUGCUCACACCGAGUUCGAAGGCCGCGCCACCUUCGGCGCCAACUUCGCUGGCGAUGGCCAAAACGUAGACGGCAACGGCCACGGCACACACGUCGCUGGCACCAUCGGUUCGCGCGCUUACGGCGUUGCGAAGAAGACCAAUCUCAUUGCUGUCAAGGUCCUCGAUGCUAGUGGGUCUGGAGCCACUUCCCAGAUCAUCUCUGGUAUCCAGUGGGCUGUCAACGACAUGAAGAGCAAGGGACGCGUUGGGAAAUCCCUCGCGAACUUGAGUCUCGGCGGUGCUUUCUCUCAAGCCACAAACGCCGCUGUUGCAUCUGCCGUUCAGCAAGGUCUCUUCAUGGGCGUUGCUGCUGGCAAUGAUGGACGCUCUGCUGCUUUGACAUCGCCAGCUAGUGAGAGGUCUGCAUGCACCGUUGGAGCGACAGAUAGGAACGAUGCGAGAGCUUCGUACUCGAAUUAUGGCUCUGUUGUCGAUAUCUUCGCCCCUGGUACGGAUAUCCUUUCUACGUGGAAGAAUGGUCCUACGGAUACCAAUACCAUCUCUGGCACAUCGAUGGCUACGCCUCAUAUUGUUGGAUUGGGUGCUUACUUGAUUGCUCUUGAGGGUAGGAGAGCACCUGGACCAUUGUGUGAGAGGAUCAGGAGUUUGGCGACGAGGAAUGUGUUGACUGGUGUCACUCCUACUGGCCUUGGUGGCAUUCUUAACCCUGGUCUCAGUGGAACUCCAAACUUGCUUGCCUAUAAUGGCAAUGGUGCGUAAAGGCUGGGAAGUGAUGAAUGGGUUGUACCAAGUAAAUUAAAGCAUAUUGUAAUAUCGGAGAUUGUUCAUAAACAUUCAAACCUCAAUUAUCAUUCACAUUCGCG